AUGUGGACGUCUGACAACCUAGAGUUGCUGCUCUUUACAAUAUCAGGACUCCUUACCACAGCGUUUGUUAAUGCGCAAAAUUCCUCCUGUCAAGGCCAUCGCCAGGAAUUCAGAACCGUGAACUCAACCGGCCAGCACGAAUUCACUUGGAACUCCUCCUACGCCAGCGACGACCCGUGGUAUGUCUCUGUCCUCGUCGGAUCUCGAGGACCCGAAUGGAACGAUAGGCACGACGUCAGAGCAAAUGCUUACAUCUCCGUACCUGGAAACGUACCCAACGGCACCGAAAUCUGCAGCUACCAGUACACCAACAUCAAUGCGACGUUAAAAUCCAGAGAGGAGAACAGCUGUAGCGGUGUGAUCAGCUCGAGCUGCAUCGACCACCUGACCAAGGUACUAAGCAGUUCGACGAAUUCCUGUCCUCACUCCGAUACUGGGUCCACAUCAGAAGCCUUCAACAAGGCGUGUCCAAUGUUGAAGGGCGGUUCACACAACCUCAACUUCGUCGACGUGACCAACAGCACGUGUGCCUACACCAACAUGCCCGAGGUGCAGAUCCCAGACAAGUACAGCACGUUCGGGACAACCGUAGGCGUCGAUGCGUCCGAUACCGCCGAUGCCAAUGUCGAUGCGAACGAGACGUAUGAUCUCUUGACGCGCCAGACGAUCCCACUCGUCCUACUGGGACGAUUCGUUGACCCAGAAUCGAGUUUGGUGCAAAGCAGCGUCGAGUUCGUGUGUAUGACUGCAAACAAGACGGUGGAGGGAAGCCGUGUACCGGAGCAAGAGACGCCGUGGGAGAGUGCCGGGGCUGAUAUUAGUGCUAGGAUGGUGGGAUGGGCAGCUGGUGUGGUGACGGCGGUAAUGCUUGUAUUGUAA